CCUUCCGGGGCCGCGCUCGGCGCGGGGGGCGCGGGCAGCCCAUGCGAGCCCGGGGCGCCCAGGAUGCGGGCGCCGGCCAGGGAGCUCUUCCGGGACGCCGACUUCCCGGCCUCGGACUCCUCGCUUUUCUCCAGCUUCUCCACGCCGCUGGCCCAGUUCCGCGAGGACAUCACAUGGAGGCGGCCGCAGGAAAUUUGUGCCACGCCCCGGCUGUUUGGAGAUAACCCACUGGAGGGACAGGUGAAGCAAGGGCUGCUGGGAGACUGCUGGCUCCUUUGUGCCUGCGCCGCUCUGCAGAAGAGCCAGCAGCUCCUGGACCAGGUCUUCCCUCCAGGACAGCCGAGCUGGUGUGACCACGCGUACCGCGGCUCCUUUACUUGUCGAAUCUGGCAAUUUGGACACUGGCUGGAGGUGACCGUAGAUGACCGUCUGCCUUGUCUUGCAGGGAGACUCUGCUUCUCCCGGUGCCAGAGAGAGGAUGUGUUCUGGCUUCCCCUACUGGAGAAAGUCUAUGCCAAGGUCUACGGGUCCUACGAGCACCUGUGGGCGGGGCAGGUGGCCGAUGCCCUGGUAGACCUCACUGGGGGCCUGGCAGAAAGGUGGAGCUUGAAGGACUUGGCCAGAACCAGUGGCCAACAGGACAGGCCCGGCGGCUCAGAGCACAGGACUUGUCGGCAGUUGCUCAGCCUCAAGGACCGGUGUCUGAUAAGCUGCUCGGUGCUCAGCCCCAGAGCAGGUGCCAGGGAGCUGGGGGAGUUUCAUGCCUUCAUUGUGUCGGAUCUGCAAGAGCUCCAGGGCCGGGCGGGCCAGAGCCUCCUUCUGCUGCGUAUUCAGAAUCCCUGGGGCCGGCGGUGCUGGCAGGGGCCCUGGAGAGAGGGGGGCGAAGGGUGGAGCCAGGUGGACCCAGCCGAUAAGUCCGAGUUGCUGUCCCAGCUGCAGGAAGGGGAGUUCUGGGUGGAGGAGGAGGAGUUCCUCCGGGAGUUUGAUGAAGUCACCGUUGGCUUCCCGAUCACAGAGGCCGGCUACCUGCAGAGCCUCUACUCAGAAAAGGCGCUGUGCCACACUCAGGAACUGCCUGGGGCCUGGGUCAAGGGGCAGUCGGCAGGAGGCUGUCGGAACAACAGCGGCUUUCCCAGCAACCCCAAAUUCUGGCUGCGGGUCUCAGAACCAAGCGAGGUGUUUGUUGCCGUCCUGCAGAGACCCAGGGUGCGCGCCAUGGGCCGGGCAGGCCGGGCUCGGGCACCGGCGAGGGGCGAGUGUGCCUCGAGGAGCCCAGCCAGCUUCCUGAGCGAGGAUUACCAGGCCGUGGGCCUGCAUAUCUGGAAGGUGGAGAAGCGGCGGGUCAGCCUGCCCAGGGUCCUGUCCACACCCCCUGUUGCUGGCACCGUGUGCCAUGCCUACGACCGGGAGGUCCACCUCCGCUGCGAACUCACACCGGGCUACUACCUGGCUGUGCCCAGCACCUUCCUGAAGGACGUGCCGGGGCAGUUUCUGCUGCGGGUCUUCUCUAGCGGGAGAAUCUCCCUCAGUGCCAUCAAGUCGGCGGCCGGGAGCCCUGCCCCUGGGGAGGCCCUGCCCGAGGGCGAGUGGGAGACGGUACAGCUGCGGGGCUCCUGGAGAAGCGGCCAGACGGCAGGGGGCAGCAGGAACUUUGCCUCCUACCCUAGCAACCCCUGCUUCCCCCUGUCUGUCUCCGAGGGCCCAGGCCCCCGCUGCGUCCGCAUCACUCUGCGCCAGCACUGCCAGGACGCCCAGUGCCAUCCCAUUGGCUUCCACAUCUUCCAGGUUCCGGUGGACGGGGGGAGCCGCAGUGCACCCGGCCUGCUGCUUCAGGAGCCUGUGCUGAGCUGUGUGCCGCAUCGCUACGCCCAGGAAGUGAGCCAGCUCUGCCACCUGUCAGCAGGGACCUACAGGAUCGUGCCCUCCACCUACCUGCCGGAUACGGAAGGGGCCUUCACGGUGACCAUCGCCACCAGGAUAGACAGGCGCUCCAUCCACAGCCAGGAGAGGCUGGGGCAGCUCCUCCGGGAGGCCGCAGAGCUUGCCGGUGACCCUCCACGGUGUCCCUUCACGGCACCUGCACCUGGCUCUGGAGAGAGGCCUUACAGCAGACGAGAGCAGAGUAUAACGAUCUUGUUGAUAACUAUUUAUGUGCAGCCUUUUUAGGAAAUAACUUUAUAAAUAAACAUGAGUACUGAGUGGUUUACA